AUGCAUCGGAAAUGGCCCAUCGUGGCCUUUUCCUUAUCGAGGCACCGUAUCACAGGCACGAAUGCGACCCCUCGUGGUUCGCAUUCAGCCUCACGGCUGGCUGCGAAGGUGCUUCGGCUGACGGACGAGCAUACGGGCCUGAAGGUGCUGUGGCCGACGCUGGGCUCGGGGAACAAAGAUGGAAAAGAGACCAUCGAUAUCGUCGCUGUCCACGGCCUCGGAGCCCACCCGGACGACACCUGGACGAAGAACCGCGGGACCAAAGAUGAACCUCAGUGGAUGAAUUGGUUACAAGAGGAGGAAAUGUUGCCGGCGGCGGUGCCAAAUGCACGGAUCAUGCGGUUCGGAUACAAGUCAAAUUGGUUCGGGCCGGAUACCAUCAGGCACUCUCCUCGAACAGUGGCGGACAGGCUACUCACCGUCCUGAAACAAGAACGAGAGAGCUGUGUCGAUCGACCAUUGAUAUUCAUCGCGCAUAGCUUUGGAGGGUUGGUCGUCCUGAAGGCUGUAUGUGAGGCGUACCAUGACCGAGACGAAUGGCCUGGUAUUUUCGAUGCGGUGCGAGGACUGGUCUUUUUCGGAACACCAUUUCGAGGCGCCGAUGGGAUGACCCACAGUGAAAUGGUAGAGGCGGCGGCCCGCGAAUAUGACGAACAAGACAUUGAGGCCAGGCCUCUCGAGAUCCUCGCCCCAGAUAAUGAGUUGCUCCAGGAUCUGGUUGAUGCUUUUCAGAAGAGGGUGUGGCCACAAAUGCUGCAGACGCGGAUCGCAUGUUUCUACGAACUCCAAGCGAGCGAAAUUGGAGCCAUCGUUGGAAAGCAGAGACGUAAGACGUUUGCGGUCAAUGAGCGUUCGGGAUGUUUAGACUUGUCCGAUCGAGUGUCGAAGUAUCCUCUGGAACGUACACAUUUCAACAUGAACAAGUUCGCACGACCAGAGGAGGUCGAUUAUAAGAUAGCGGCGGGAGUGGUCCGAGGCAUAGCGGCGAAGGCCCAGCAGUCGUCGUCGGCACCGACCCCGCCUGGAACUACACGACGAUUAGAGUACCUUCCAGAUGACGGAGCGGACGAGCCUGGGAUGCUCAGUCACCGGGAUCACAGGAUGAACAAGCAAUAUCUUGUUCCCCACGCCUGCAGCAAUAAAUUCACAGGACGUUUGGGAGUAUUGGAAAGACUCGAACGAUCCCUCGUGGCCUCAUCUUCUCCAGAGAAGAUCGCAAAGCGAAGGAUCUUCGUCUUGCACGGGCUUGGGGGUGUGGGUAAGACUCAGAUCAGUCUGAGGUUUGCAGAGACAUACCGUCGGAAAUUCUGGGGAGUAUUCUGGAUCGACGCUAGUAGCGUGGAAGCAGCGGAUCGUUCAUACGCCGACAUUGGAAAUGCCAUGGGCGUCAAGGACGGAAAACUCUGGCUUUCGAAUCAACAGCUGGACUGGCUUUUGAUCUUGGACAAUGCCGAUGAUCCCUCUGUCGACAUUGCCCAAUUCUUCCCUUCCGGAAACAGUGGCGCUCUCUUGGUCACCAGUCGGAAUGCCGACUGUGGCAUCUACGCGACCAUGCCGGAAAUGUGUCAUAAGCUCGAAGACAUGGAACUCGAGGAUGGAAUGGCGCUGAUCUUAAAGACUACUGGAGCCGAUCGUGAUGAUAAGCAGUGUCGCUACUGGGCGGAACAGAUUGCCUUGAAGUUAGACUGUCUACCAUUGGCCCUCAUGCAAGCAGGUGCUGCCAUUAGGCAAGGCCGCUGCAAACUACAAACCUAUCUGGAUGAGUACGACCAAGACCACCGCAGACUCCUGGAAACCCAUCCAGGCCAGGGCGCCGAUGGAUACAAGUAUACGGUCUACACGGCCUGGGAGGUUUCUCUUCGAAUGAUGGAAGAACAGAACUGUCCGGAGUCAUCAGUUGCGCGAGAGUUGUUGAACGUGUCAGCUUUCCUGCAUCCAGAAGAUGUGCCAUGGCAUAUUUUUGACCACGCAUCAAUUCUGCUUGAGCAAGGUCCGCAUAGCAAGGCUGCUUCUCAAUACUGGGGGUUUGCAAGGUUUUUAUCCUUCCAUAAGACGUUUUCUAGAGGCUCCAACCAAGACUAUAGGGAAGCUCCGGUCUCAGAUCAUUCGGCAACUCAGCGAACAAAGAAGCGAAUCUCUGAGGCAGUCUCUUUGUUGGCUCGCUACUCUCUGAUCGAUCUCAACGAAGAAAACAGGACCUUUACAUUCCACAGACUAGUUCAUUCAUGGGCUCGAGACCGCCUAGAAGGACUGGACAAGCAGCGGGCAAGGACAAUGGCAUCAUUGACCUUGGCGGAUUCAAUCCCAUCCGGCCAAGAUGCUUCUGAUUAUCAGCUUCGAAGGCGGCUAUACCCUCACGUCAAUUGCAUUGUGGGGCCAGACGGAUCACUUUUCGCCGUUUCAAGCACUGAUCAGGUUCGUAUGGCAGAAAAGUAUGCCCUUGUGUCGUCAGAUGGCGGCAACUCUGCGAUGGCGGAGCGUAUGUACAAGAAGUCACUGUUGUUUUUGGACACUAUAUGGAUAUGGAAGGACCCUAUACACAGGCUGACGCUUGUCCACAAACUCAGUUCCGUACUAAGGGAGCGUGGUCAUUUUACAAAGGCUGCAGAGAUGGCUCAACAAGCGUAUCAAGGAAGAAAGGAGUCCAUCGGCGAGGAUCACCGGGACAGCUUGGACAGCCUGAGCUCAUUGGUUCUUGCCCUCCAAGGGCAAGGAGAGUAUGAGGAAGCAAGAAGAAUGAGCGAGAGCCUUGAGAAGAAAUGCAGGCGUAUGCUAGGAAGCAAAUCCCUUGAGACCAUGGCUGCGAUGAACACCCGAGCGCUGAUACUUCAGAAGCAAGGAAAGUAUGAUAUGGCAGCGGUCGUGUGCGGGAAAGUGCUGGCUUUGAGAGAGGAAGUCCUGACAAAGGAGCAUCCUGAUACAAUAGAAAGCCUCAGUAAUCUGGCACGGAUAUUGGGUUACCAGGGAAAGUGGGAACUUGCGGAAGAAAGGAGCCGCCAGGCGUAUAAAAGAAGGGAGAAAACUCUGGGAAAGGAGCAUCCUGACACUCUUGCGAGCAAGGGCGACUUGGCAUCGGUGAUGUUGGAGGCUGGCCAUGAUGGAGAAGCUGAGAGGAUGUACCGAGAAGUUCUGGAAAGCAGACGGAAGGUUCUUGGACCGGAACACCCCGACACCAUGACAAGCUACUGUGACCUUGCGGCAGCAGUUCGGCAGCAGGGGGACUUUGCUAAAGCAGAAGAGAUGCUCAGAUUGGCAUUAGUUGGCUACCGGAAGCACCUCAAAGAAAGCCAUCCUUAUAUCCUUGUUGCUCAGUCGAACCUUGCCAUCAAUCUUAGAUCCCGGCAGAAAUUCAAGGAUGCGCUGGACAUGUAUGAAAAGACACUCGCAGUCUGGGAAGAAACCAAACAACAACAUCAUCCGGAAGCACUGGCCUGUUUGGGAAACCUCAUUGUGGCACUGCGUGAACAGAAGAGAUACACAGAAGCCGAAGACGCUGGUAAGCGGGCAUUGGCGGGUUAUCAAAAGACGCUCGGAUGCGACCAUCACAGCACACUAUGGAGCCUCGCCGAUCUCGGUUGGACACUCCAAUUCAAGGAGAGAUACGUAGAAGCCGAGGAGAUGAUCCGAACGGCAUUGGGCGGCCUGAUAUCGCAGUUGGGAAUUGAAAAGCCAACGACUUUGGAUGUUGUUUGCCGUCUGGCUUAUAUCUUGGAACGUUGCAGCAAGCACGAAGAGGCCUGGCUCCUGUACGACGAAGCCUGCAAGCAAAACCGGAGCCUAGGUGGUGCGAAUCUUGAUCACUGGUGUUUCAAAAGAUUGAAACGGCUUGAGGAGACCAUGAAGGCUGCGAGUAUUCCUCAGCCGUCUUCUUCCGGAUUCGAUUCGUUCUUUGCUUCCACGGCCGGUGCCGGCAGGCAAGAAAGAGAGUCCCGGCCUGAUUUGAAAGAAGUACCAUCAAAUGGCGACUCGCGGAAGAGACGGCGAAGUCUUUCGGUGGACGAGGCAUCGAAGCCGAAGAGGCUGCAGGUGUAG